AAUAACACAUGGUUACUCUUUCUUGUUAUCUUCACGUAGUUAGUUCCGUUUACCAUAAGAAACUAGGAACAAAAUCUGCAAGACAAAACCAACCACAAAACCACCUGGGAUAAGAAAACGAAAACACAUACUUAAAUACCAGAUAAAAUAAAUUAGAAAAAAAAAAAAACGUGUUUCUGUUCACUGAACAUUAAAAGAGAAAAAUGCUUCUUAAUCACAUUGCCACCGGGUUCUGUUGGGUCGACCCGCCACAACCCGACCGGAACCACGAAACCCGACUCGCUUCCUCGCGUUUCUAUCGCCGGCGGGUGACGCCGCCGAGUGCGGCGUUUCGCAGCGUGCGAAGGGAGAAGAAUGGCCGCCAACGGCGAUCGAUAUGCACUGCCGAUGAGCUUCACCGCGUCGUGGUUUCGAACUCCGAUUGGAAGCUCGCUCUGUGGCGCUACCUUCCUUCUCCCGAGGCACCGUCGAGGAAUCACCCGCUUUUGUUGUUGUCAGGGGUUGCUACCAAUGCAAUUGGCUAUGAUCUCUCUCCUGAGUCUUCAUUUGCUCGGUACAUGUCGGCACAAGGUUUUGAUACGUGGAUUCUUGAGCUUCGCGGUGCUGGGUUGAGCACUAUUGCAGAUAGCUUGGAGGAAGAUGAGGAAUGCCUAAAGAAAUUGUCUGAGAUUGAUUCUGCUAUUAGUGAUGAACUUGGUAAAAGCAGUGCUUCUCCAGCAAGAUUUAAGAACCUUGGCUCUCCCGAGGUUAUAACUAAAUCUGAGGAAAUGAGGUUAACAAGGAGGUUCAUGGACAUUUUUACAAGGAUAUCUGAAAAGUUUGCAGGCUUUCUCAAUCCGGGUCAACAGUUGUUCCCAGCACAGAUUUUAGAACUGCAAGACCGAUUUUCAUCCACUCUAGAAGAGUUUCAGAAACAGCUUCAGUUGAUUAUUAAGUAUGAUUGGGACUUUGAUCAUUAUCUGGAAGAGGAUGUACCUGCAGCGAUGGAGUACAUAAGAGCUCAAUGCCAGCCAAGGGAUGGAAAAUUGCUUGCAAUUGGUCACUCAAUGGGGGGUAUCUUGUUGUAUGCAAGGCUUUCACGUUGCUGUUUUGAAGGAAAGGAUUCUGGGUUGGCAUCUGUUGUUACUUUGGCAUCAUCACUUGACUACACCCCUUCAAAAUCAUCUCUCAAGUUGCUUUUACCCCUGGCAGAACCUGCUCAGGCUUUGAACAUUCCUGCUAUUCCAGUUGGGCCAUUGUUGGCCACUGUUUAUCCCCUUGCAAGCUACCCUCCGUAUGUUUUAUCUUGGCUGAAUUCUCAGAUUUCAGCUCAAGAUAUGAUGGAUCAGAAACUAUUUGAAAAGCUUGUUUUGAACAACUUCGGUACCAUACCUGCCAAGAUUCUCUUGCAGUUAUCAUCAGUUUUCCAAGAAGGUGGUUUACGUGACAGGAGUGGAACAUUCUUCUACAAGGACCAUAUCUGCAAAAUUAAUGUUCCGGUCUUGGCCGUCGCCGGUGACGAAGACUUGAUCUGUCCUCCUGAAGCUGUAUAUGAAACGGUGAAGCUUAUUCCUGAAGGUUUGGUUACAUACAAAGUUUUUGGGGAGCUUGGUGGUCCACACUAUGCCCACUAUGACUUAGUGGGUGGUCGUCUGGCUGCAGAAGAACUGUAUCCAUGUAUAACUGAAUUUCUCAGUCAACAUGACAUGGUUUAGAACAUUGCCUCUUUUGGCUCAUUCUUUUUUACAUGAAGAACACUAGAUGGAAAUUCUCAUAUAUAUGCACGACCUGUGGUAAUAAUUCUUGUGUAUAGUUAAAGACAAUGUAUAUAGUCAAAGACACUGUACAUAUGUAGUUCUAAAUAAAGCACAUGAGGUGAAAGUACAUGUUGGAAAUCAGGGUGCUAAGAAAGUCGGUAAUAGGAAUCAAGUGCCAGGUUUAAUCAAA